UUACAUUUUUAAAAAAUGGUUCUAACACCGUAUAAACUUAUAAUAUGGAGAUACAGCAUAUCGUAUUUUAUUGCGCAGUUUAAACUGAAAGUUUAAAUUAAAAAAAAUCAUCUAAAUACUGUUAUCAUUCACGAAAAAAAGAAAAAUGGGAAAUUGCUCUUCAUGUGUACGGACGCAGGACGGUGAUCAAGGAAAUAAACGAAGCGUUGCCUAUAAGGUGCGAAAAACUUCGGGAUCAACAAAAGGCCGACAAUGCGUUUUUAAAUGUGUGCGGUCAACAUUUGAAAACGAGCCAAACAAUUUCACCCAAGUCAUGGAGUUCUUGGUUAAAAGUGAAGAAAAAGGGUUGCGGAGUCCAUUCGAAACAUUGGAAGGAGUUAAGGAUAACCCAGCUUUAUUUCGAAGUUUGGCAUUAAAGCUUUCUGCCGGUAAUUCCUGUUCGGAUCAACAAAAGUUCGACAAUGAAAAAACAGAUGACGAAAAAUCAGGCGCACUUGCCUUGUGUCUCAAUAAGUCACAAAUACAAAACGUUCGAUUAGAUAUGCCUAAACUUUCCGAGGAAGUGCUUUCGAACAUUCGCCGGUGGUGGACUGGAGAAAUAACAGGCAUAAGAUGUGGCAGGAAUUUGGCUGACAGCGGGUCCGAUAUUAUAGCAUGGUGCGCUGGAAAUACGGUUGACAAUUGGUUUCAAUUCCCGGAUGGAAGUGGAAUAAGUAGUGGUGUGAAAUAUAUCUGCGAUAGCCUAAAUGAUAAGAUGUUCCAGAUUCCCAAAUCGGAAGCCUUAGACAAAGCAUAUAGUUUUCUUGGCGUUCCGAUGACAGCAUCAAAUGGAGAAAUCAACUCGCGAUACCGAAAACUUUCCCGGAAGUACCAUGCAGAUAAAGGCGGAGACUCACAAAAAUGGACAGAACUGCAGUGCUCUUUAGCUAUUAUAAGAAAAGCAAGAGGAGACAUGGAGUAAUUGUUAUUACCCAUUCUAACCUCAAUAGGUUUCUGGCACAUUUCUUGAAAUGUUUGCCAUGUAAUGUGAAAAGGGUUUUUAAUUCAUAAACAAGAAGUUUCGUUCUGUACGAUAAAAGAAGUAUCAUGGUGUCUUGUCAAAAGACAGGAGUAGCUUGGACAAAAACGCGUUCAAAGCUCAAUUGUAUUUUGUAAAUGCUUAAUUACUUGUCUUCAAAUCAUAAGAAAAAAUAAACCUUCACAAUUAUCAUAAUAAUUCCAUCAAGUUCAAUCAACUUUACCGCAAAUAAUAAACAUAUGGUAACAAAGACAAAAAUCUAUAAAAAGCAUCUGUUGUGUUCCAAACAAAAUAUGGCUUUCCGCUUUUGACAAAACCAAAAUCAAUUAUUCAUAAGUGUCUUUCCGUUUGAACUAAAGGAAAUAAUAACAUUUCAUGUUAUUGUUACAAUGUCUAAAAAGUGAUUCUGUUAAAAAUAUCAGAAAAUGAAACAUUCUGUUAAUUCAGAAUAUAUACCAGUUAAACACAGCUUUGAACAAAAAUCUGCGCUUUGAACAAGCUUUAACCAUAGUUUGUUUAGGGAAAUUUGCUUUAACUGUGUGUGAUGUUCAUAGUUUCAAACAAUAACUGCAUCGUAUCUUCGGAGAGUUUUUGCAUUCGGUACUGUGUAUUGUAUUCCUUCAUAUGCAGAUAGGGUUGGGGUCCCUAAUCAUUGAAGUACUUAGGGUUCACCUAUUAGUUUGUUAUCAUUUGUUUUAUUAUUAAGUUUCCUCAAGUUAAUGCAUACAUUGAUAAGAUUUACCUUUUAGGUUUUUACUUUAUUCUGCAUUAUUGGGAUAAGAGUGCGGUUGUGCACACAAACUGGUUUAAACACCCAGUAAAUUGACAUUUUUCUGACCGUUCCAAGGCGGUACCUAAUAAUCCAUGAUAAACACACCUAGUUAUUUUUGUAAAGUAUAUUUAUAUGCACUGUGUUGUUUGUGUUAUUUUUUGCUGUUGUUCCAUGUUUCUUGUUAAUGAUUUUUUGUUUUGUUUUUGUGUUUUUUGUCGUUGAUGUUUACCCUCUGUCAUUAAACGGGGUUUAUGAUUACACUUUUGGCAACUGAACGUGUUUCUGUUGUUGUUCAUAUAAAUAUUAACCGGACUUGUUUUAAUAAAAUAAUAUGCUAUUUCAAUGGCAAGGGUUAUACUUUCAUUGUUACUAAUUAGCAAUAUCAUUAUGACUGUCUAACAAUAUGAUGCAAGUGCAACAUUCCGUAUGCUUGGAAAUAAUUUAACAGAUGUUUCACCCGUUUUGUUUUGCUUGAUACAUUUGAAUAUUGUUUGUUCCUUUUUUUAUGAUAGCUGCAUUCUUAUUAUGUUUUUUUCUCAUAUAAACUCAUACUGUCACGUUACCAUGAACUGAAUUUAUUUUAAAUCAAAAUUUGUUUUGUCAUUUCUAUUCAAUAAUUCAAUUUGCCAUUAUCUAUUAAUUACUCAAUGCAGUUUAAGGCAAUGCAAAAUUCGACACUUUUAAGAAAUAAAAGGUAAAAAAUAAAAUCAAAAGGAUUAAACUUUACAGAUUAAGCUUAAUUUUAAGCUCAACUCAGCGGAAAGCCAUAUUUUGUUUGGAACAAAACAGAUGUUUUUUUUUAUAGAUUUUUGUCUUUGUUACCAUAUGUUUAUUAUUUGUAUGUAUAUAAAAAAAAGCACGGUGGAUCCAAAAGUUAUAAAUAAUAUGAAAUAAAUUCAGUUUAGGGACAUAACUGAAUUUUAGAAAUUAAUAUGGUGACAGAAAGUUAUACGUGGACAUUAAUGCCUUCUUUAGUUUGUUCAUAUCGGGUCAAAACCUAGGUAAUUUGGUCAAGUGUUCAGAAUCUGGUUAAUGCUCUAGUGGUCAAAUUAUUGGAACUUGCUGGUUAAGUCUGAUACUCGGAUGAGCAACGGUGGCCCUAGCGUAUUGAAAGACCCGUUAUUUGAGA